GAUCAGGCUGGAGCUCCCCGGGCGUAUUGAUUAGACUGGCGCCGGGUAGCUAGUGACAGGCCACUGCCUCCCCACCCUGUAAUCCAGCGCCGUUUGAGCCGGAAAACCGCCACUUCGCUGUGAGUGGGACAGGAGAGGCAGAAUCGUCAGGAAAAUGACCGUGACCCUGAGAAACAACCGCAGCGACAAGGGACAGGACAAUGACGUCAGCAAGACCUCGUUUCUACAGAAUGGAAUAGUCGCAGGUCCAAAGAGAUUGUACACGUUAGAAGAAGUGUCAGGAACAAAAUACUUCGGACACGACCACAUCCUGACAGGCUAUCGUACCGGACUCACAACCAAGCAAUGUCUGAGAAGUAUGUUUCAGUGGCAUAACGAGACGGUCAGCAUAUGGACCCAUGCCGUCGGUUUCGUCUACAUCAUGUCCAUACUCGUCUGGGAAAACUUCGUGACGAUACCCCGUUACCAUGGCAACUUCUGGGAUCACGUGAUCGUUAGCGCCCACCUCUUAUGUAGCGAGGUGACACUACUGACAUCUGCCUGCUGUCACAUCUUCGGCGGCCACCGGUCUCCUGAAGUGAGAGGGUUCAGUCUGAGGCUGGACCUGUUCGGUAUCUUCAUCGGAGUCCACGGCUUCCAGUUUAUCAUUCUCUACUACGGGAUUUGUGACGAUUGGUACUUUUACAUGCAUCAUUUUGUGGCUUGGUCGCUGUUCCUGCUCAACGUGGCCGUCGAGUUCAAGGACGACGAGGUCGGCCAGACACAAGACGCCGCCGUGCUGAAAAGACGCAUCACGCUAACAGCUUUGCAGUGGGGCUAUGGUGCUGUGCCAAUAUUACAUGCCAUCUGUAGCAACGGAGGCUUCUGGCAUCCUACUGGACAGUAUUUCUGUCAGCGGUUCCUGGGAGUUGUGUUUUACUCCCUGGCCUGUCUGGUGUCAUAUACAUCCCAACUGCCGGAAAGACUGGCUCCAGGCUGGUUUGACUAUGUAGGCCAGAGUCACCACUGGUGGCACAUGAUGGUGCUGUGCGGGAUCAUCAACUUCAACAACUCGGCGCUGGACUUCAUACAGCUGCGACAGAAGGUCCCGUGUUCUUAACGUCUGCUGGGACAUAGCGGCUUUACCAGACCACGUCAGUCCAAUUACAUAGUGCACUUAGUUUUAUCGCAAAGAAAAGUUCAUGGCUAGAAGGAAUAAAACUCAAAUGUGUGUUCAAAGUUAAUCCCCGGUCACAUAUAUCGUACGAUGCACCUAGGAUGUUUGUUUUUUUCGCGACGAUCAUGCCGUAAUAAAUAAGCUAUACUCAAAACUACGUAUGGCGAUAU